AUGCUGGAGGCGGCGGCGGGGCCCGCUCCGGGCGGCGCGGAGCAGCGCGGGAGCCGCUUCAGCGUCCUGACGUGGGAGCAGGUGCAGCGGCUGGACCAGAUCCUGGGCGAGGCCGUGCCCAUCCACGGCCGCGGCAACUUCCCCACGCUGUCCGUGCGGCCGCGCACCAUCGUGCAGGUUGUCCGUAGCCGCCUGGAGAAGAAGGGAAUCCCGGUGCACAACGUCAGGCUGAACGGCUCGGCCGCCAGCCACGUCCUGCACCAGGACAGCGGCCUGGGCUACAAGGACCUGGACCUCAUCUUCGGCGUGGAUCUGAAGAACGAGGACGUUUUCCAGCUGGUGAAGGAUGUGGUCAUGGACUGCCUGCUGGACUUCCUCCCCGAAGGAGUCAACAAGGACAAGAUCACGCCCGUGACCCUGAAGGAGGCCUACGUGCAGAAGCUGGUGAAGGUGUGCAACGAGACCGACCGCUGGAGCCUCAUCUCGCUCUCCAACAACAGCGGCAAGAACGUGGAGCUCAAGUUCGUGGACUCGCUGCGCCGCCAGUUCGAGUUCAGCGUGGACUCCUUCCAGAUCAUCCUGGACUCGCUGCUGCUCUUCGGGGAGUGCUCGGAGAACCCCAUGGCCGAGAACUUCCACCCCACGGUGACCGGGGAGAGCAUGUACGGGGACUUCGAGGAGGCCAUGGAGCACCUGCGGCACCGCGUCAUCGCCACGCGCAACCCCGAGGAGAUCCGCGGCGGGGGGCUCCUCAAGUACUGCAACCUCCUCGUCAGGGGCUUCAAGCCCAAGCCCGAGGUGGACAUGAAGGCCCUGCAGAGGUACAUGUGCUCCAGGUUCUUCAUAGACUUCUCUGACAUCGGCGAGCAGCUGCGGAAGCUGGAGUGCUACCUGCAGAGCCACUUCGUGGGCAUGGAGAGCAACAGAUAUGACUAUUUGAUGACCCUGCACAGGGUGGUCAACGAGAGCACGGUCUGCCUCAUGGGACACGAGAGGAGGCAGACCCUGAACCUCAUUGCCAUGCUGGCCGUGAGGGUCCUGGCUGAGCAGAACAUCAUCCCCACGGUCACAAACGUUACCUGCUUCUACCAGCCAGCCCCUUAUGUCAGCGAAAUAAACUUCAACUACUACGUGACCCACGUGCAGCCCUUCCUGCCUUGCAAUCAGUCCUACCCCACGUGGCUUCCCUGUAACUGAGCCAGGACAAACCCCAGGGUCUGUCCUCCAAGGUA